GAAAGAAAUGAGAAAUGAGAAAGUAAAAAAGAAAAGAGCGACAUGUAUAAUUUAAUGCGAUCUGAACACAUGAUUCUGAUGCUUUGAGAAAGCAUGAUAUUAUAAUUAUAGUUAUAUAAGCUAGGCAUCCUUUUGAAGGAGAAGAAGCAGACGCAGAAGAAGAAGAAACGAAGGGCCGCAUGGAGAAGGUGAAGAAGAAAUCUAGGGUUAUCAGAAUAAGCUCAAAAUCUGAAUGGGAAAAUCAGAUCAGUCGAGCAACCAACCAAGCCUUCCCUGUUGUGGUUCACUUUUCUGCUUUCUGGUGCAUGCCUUCUGUCGCCAUGAAUCCUUCCUUCCAACACCUUUCUUCUUCCUAUCAACAGCUUCUCUUCUUCUUGCUUGAUGUUGAUGAGGUUCAGGAAGUGGCAACAAAAAUGGACAUAAAAGCAAUGCCAACAUUUGUGAUGCUAAGUGGCGGAAGUGAGAAGGAUAGAAUAGUGGGAGCAAAUCCUCAAGAGCUCAAGAAAAGAAUUGAUGCUUUUCUUCAAUCCUCAUCUUCCCAAAAUUCUCUCUAGAUCUUUCAUCAUCAGCUUUAUUUAUUUAUCUAUAGUUAUUAUUAUUAUUAUUGUGCCUGUACAUAAGACUCCAAAGGUUGUUUUUUUUUUUUUAAAUGGUGUUUGGUUUUCGUGUUGGAUUGAAUUCGAUCAUUUUGAUUGUUUGUCGUUUAUUGUUUGUAAUAAACAUCGUUACGGACAAUGCGAUGUUUGUUUUAAAAUUCUUUGCCUUGGAGGUAUAAGUAGUAUGUUUGUUUGUA